UCGUGCAACGUUUCGGACUCUCCAAGUGGUGGAGAGGAGAGCCGGGGGAAGCAGGCCAAAAGAGGCGGCGGCGGCGGCAGGCAGAAGCAGCCUGAGAAUUUCCUGUGAGGGGAUCACAGGCCUCAGUCGGGGCAGGCGAGGAGGAGGAGGAGCAGGGCAUGGAGCGCCCUUUGCUUUGGCGACCUCCGCCGAGGGCUGCGUGCGCCCCCGAGCUCGGCGCGCUGCCGCGGCGCUUCCUUUCCCCGCGUUUCUCCCGCCGCGCAAUUGCGCUCGCGGCGCACUAAAGGCGAGGGACCUUCCUCUCUCUUCCUCUUCCCCCGGUCCUAGCCCAGCCCUCUCCUCCUUCCCGCUGUGGCGGCUAGUCUCGGCUGGCCCUGCCCACGUUUCUCUCUCUCUCUCUCCCCGCUCCCUCCCACCCGUGGUCAUGUGUUGCCUUUUUUUGUUGUUUGCAGUGGAAACAAUUUGGCGUUCUUCGGCUCGCUCUGACCCAAACCGCUACUCCAACCGGGAGUAGUGUAGACAGGCGGGCAGACAGAAAGGCAGGCAGGGAGGGGGGAGAGGUAGGUAGGUAGGAGGGCGAAGCGAAGAGGGGGGGGAAUUGCAGCAGGGUCCCAUGCUCCCCCCUCCCCACGGCUCCUGGCUCCCCUUCUCUCUCUCUCUCCCCCACUCGCUCCCUUCGGCCACAUUGUUGGCUCCAGGCUGGGGGAGGAAGCGAUGCCUCGCUCAGUCGGAUGAAAAGUUUGCAUAAUGACCAUGGAAAAGGCAGCAGUAAAAAUCUAGAGCUCUUCCAAGCCCCAGGAGUCUCCGUCUAAAUGGGUCCAGUUAUGCCUCCCAGUAAGAAGCCAGAAAGCUCGGGAAUUAGUGUUUCCAGUGGAUUGAGCCAGUGUUACCGGGAUAGAGACUUAGCAAAGACGCUUCACGACGAUGAGGACUUAGACUUUCCUUUACCUGCCCUCCGGUUGGAAAAAGGUCCCAUGGAGGAUGAAGAGCUCACCAACUUGAACUGGUUACACGAGAGCAAAAACUUGCUGAAAAGUUUCGGGGACUCAGUCUUAAGAAGUGUUAGCCCAGUACAAGACCUUGAUGACGACACCCCUCCAUCACCUGCUCACGCUGACAUGCCCUACGAUGCCAAGCAAAACCCCAACUGCAAACCGCCCUACUCCUUUAGCUGCCUCAUAUUUAUGGCCAUUGAGGAUUCUCCAACCAAACGGCUGCCUGUAAAGGAUAUAUACAACUGGAUUUUGGAACACUUUCCUUAUUUUGCAAAUGCCCCCACUGGAUGGAAAAACUCUGUGAGGCAUAAUCUGUCGUUGAAUAAGUGUUUUAAGAAGGUGGACAAAGACAGAAGUCAGAGUAUUGGGAAAGGGUCUUUAUGGUGUAUAGACCCAGAAUAUAGACAAAAUCUUAUCCAGGCUUUGAAAAAGACCCCCUAUCACCCAUAUUCGCAUGUGUUCAGCACCCCUCCAGCGUCUCCUCAGGCAUAUCAAAGCACAUCAGGUCCACCUAUUUGGCCAGGAAGCACCUUUUUCAAGCGAAAUGGAGCCCUUCUGCAAGAUCCUGACAUUGAUGCUGCCACUGCCAUGAUGCUUUUGAAUACUCCCCCUGAGAUACAAGCAGGUUUUCCUCCCGGAGUUAUCCAAAAUGGAGCUCGCAUUCUGAGUAGAGGAAUCUUCCCAGGAGUCAGGCCACUGCCAAUAAACCCGAUCGGAAGCAUGGCUGCUGCAGUAAGGAAUGGAAUCUCAAACUGCCGGAUGCGGACAGACAGCGAGCAGUCCUGCGGCUCCCCGGUGGUGAGCGGCGACCCAAAGGAGGACCACAACUAUAGCAGUGCCAAAUCUUCCAACCACCGGAGCACGUCGCCCACGAGUGACUCCAUUUCCUCUUCCUCCGCCGACGACCAUUACGAGUUUGUCACUAAAGGCAGCCGGGACAGUAGCGAGGGCAGCGAGGUCAGCUUCCACAGCCACGAGAGCCAUAGCGAAGCGGAAGAGGAGGACAAAAGGCAGAGCUCCCGGAAAGAGACCAAGGAUUCUUUAGCUGAUAGCGGCUACGCCUCUCAGCACAAGAAACGUCAGCAUUUGCUGAAGGCAAAAAAAGUACCGAGUGACACGCUGCCUCUUAAAAAGAGGCGUACGGAGAAACCCCCCGAGAGCGACGACGAGGAGAUGAAAGAAGCGGCCGGAUCGCUCCUGCACUUGGCGGGAAUACGGUCUUGUUUGAACAACAUCACCAAUCGGACGGCAAAGGGGCAGAAAGAGCAAAAGGACACCACGAAAAACGAGAACAAAUCCAUUGAUUGAACUUAUAAAACAAUUUCGUUUCAGCACGUCAGGUGAAUUCUAAUGAUUUGUGGCAAUAUCAACAAAUAUUUUCUUUGUUUCGUUUUUCUUUUCUUUCACCCCCUCCUCCUCCUCUUCUUCUUUUUUUUUUGUGUGUGUGUGUUUUUUCUUUUUUUCGAACCCUUGAGUUUUUUUUGUUUUUAAAUUUUUUAAAGGAGAUGGAAGCCAUAGAACUCAUACUGAUACUCAACUAAUUUUACAAAAGCUUUUCAUUACAUGAAGACAAAAAAAGAAAGAAAGAAAGUAAAAGCCAAAAUUGCCAUUGCUUUCUCCAGCUUUGUCAGAAAUGCAUGGUUGAAUAUGCUGUGACGUCACCAGUUAAUGUGAGAGGAAUAAAAAUUCGGCAUUUGGAAAUCUCUUAUAACCUAGAAGAAAUUGGAUAAUUUGGAAAUCGUUCAGGCCAGGCUGUAAGAAUUGAAAGUGGAAAAAAAGGCCUUAUGAUUGGGUUUGUGUGUGAUGUGUCUAGAGAUUUGGGGGAAGUCAAAAGGCACACACAAUAUCCUCAGAACCAAGGAUCAUAUAUAGUGGCAUUUGCUUGCGGUUGUGCCAUAGAAAUCUUGGAAUAGCCACUAAUGACAGCUGCUCAUACAGUAAUGAUCUAUUAGUGCUUCAUGUACUGUAUAUGGCUCAAAAUGUGAAGACUUAAUUUAUAAAUUAUGGAAUACUGAACUGUGUAUGCAAUGAGUUUCAGUGAAAUAAAGAGGAAGGGGGGGAGGGGGACUAGUGAUAUUCUUUAAUCAAUUAAUUGUCUUCUAUAUUUAAAUUAAAAGAAUGUUUUAUAAAAAGCCAUAAGCCUGAAGAUUGGCACUGCCUGCAAAAAUAUUAUGGGAAAACAAGCUAUGAGUUCUUAACUGCCUGAGUGAAAAGCAAUCAAAUCUGAAGAAAAUUAUGAGUAGAUAUUUAAGGAGGAUCAAGAUGAGAAAACCUUUUCUAUAAGUCACAAAGAUUUGAUCUCACUAGGGGGGAAAUGCUACAAAACCUGCCAUUAGUAUCAUAUUGCUUUUUUAUUCUUUCCAAAAAAUAAAAUCCAUGUUGGCUAGGCAAAAAUAUAAAGAAAUUGUGCUCCUCAAUAUGAGGUACCCAGUUAAGGUCAGUCAGGAUUCAUCUGUGCAAAAAAUGACAAUAUAUUUCCAGUUUUAACCACUGCAACCAGCUGAAAAUUCUGAUCCACAUUGCAUGGAUUCCUUUCUGGGAGGGACUUGGAGUACAAAAUAAUAAUAAAAACAAACCCUUUUUAUUAAUUCAAAGAUAACAAAAGUUCUUGUAAGGUAAAUAAUGUAUUUAGCAUGAAGCAUGAAUUAUUUUCAUAUAAAUAUAGAAAAAUAGAAAAAAGGCUAUGCCUCUAAUUUUUAAGCCCUUAGGCUUAGUUUGUUUUUUGGGUUUUUGUUUUUUUGUUUUUUCCUCUCUUUUUUCCCUUUUCCCUUUUUUUUUGGAAGCAGGUGUUUUUUAAGGUUUAACCUUUUUCAGGGAUAAAUACUGACUGUUGGGGAACUUACUCUGCAAUAUUAAAAAAUAAAACUUCAUGCUCGGGUAGGGCUUGGAUGGUUGAAUUAUAUUGCCUUGUCUGCACAUUCAGCCCCCUCCCCCUACUUCUCUGUUUUUUGAACACGUUUGUCCUUUCUUUGUCUUUACAUGUAUUAAAACAUUACGCAAUAAUUUCGAGGGCAAGGCAAGUAGUGAGUGUGUAUGAUUUUAAGGAAGACGGUGGAAGACACUGAAUUGUGAACGGUGGGGAAAACUUGGCCAUUUGAUUUGGGGGAAGACGAUGACCACACAGAUCUGCUCAUCUGCCAGUGAGGAAACAAGUAACGAAAGGGCUUUGGUUUGAGUUCAUUGGGGCGGUUUAAGUGAUGCAUGCUGAAGACGUGUUCUGUUUACAGCCAUACUUGGUUUGUGGUGAUGGCUCCAUUAGCAGAUUGAAGGCUUUGCAAUAAGGCAACCUCUUCCGACUGAUCUUUCAUUUUUCAGUUGCAAUGGUAUCAAAGGCCAUAAUCCUGGGACUUCCAGUCCUAUAGGCUGUGAUCCAUGGCUCGGCACAUGGACUAGGUCUCUAGGGGUCCACCAUCCUAGCUGUGGGUCACCAUAGGAAAAAUGGGGUUCUCCUAGAGCAGCACAACAAGUUGCAGCCAGAAAGAGAAAUUGGCAACCUCUCUCUGGAGCGGAUUCGGCAUGUGUAAGAGACUCUUUGGGUUCCAGACCUGUAGGUAGACUGAAUACAGCUUUACACUGAACAGAAGUUGUGUUUUUUGCUGUUUCGGCGCUCAGGGUUUUUGCCUUGUGUUGGGCUUUGGCAGGAAAUGCUGAAAGCAUCUUAGGGAAUUCCGCUUUGCAGGCUUGGAUAUUCAAGAAAAUGCAUACAGUAUGAGUUAGAUGCUCAUGCCAACAGACCUGUGAAAUAUUGGGAGUGUCGAAUCAGGCUUGGAAUGACGCAGGUCCAUCAGCAAGUUCAGCCGAUGUGUUACCAGUUCUCUCAAUACGUCCGCGUCUGCCAAAAGAAGGGGGGAGGUAACACUUGCCUAAAGAGAAAAGAAAGCAUGUCAAUCAAUUUAAGGGUUUUCUCUCUGAACUAGAGUGCCAUAUGCCUGUUUCUUUUAAUUGCCAUGGAGUUCUACCAAGCAUGAGCAAAAUUUUAAUAGUAAAAAGAUGUGGUAGCCUGUUUGGUGGAAUGAAAAAGAUAUUCCACCAUGAGCCGGAAGACAAAAAUGGGAACAGUUCUUAAUUCUGAUUAGUAUUGAUUAUGCCAAUAUUUCCAUGCUCGAAUCAGCACUGUAGCCUAUAUAGACAACCAGUGGAGUGUAGCAUGCUGAAGAAAUUCUUUCUUUAUUGCUCAUUGUCUAGAAACUUAAUCUUGGAAUUGACAGGAAUUCUGGCUUUGUACUGGGUCAGUCCUCAAUGCAGAGAGUCUUUGCCUAAGCCAUGCGGGGGGGGGGGAGGGAAUGAAGAUUGCAGCUGUAGAUUUAUGUCACAUUGCUACAUCUGGGCUGCCUGCGCACACACACAUACGCACACCCCCUCCCAGUAAAUACAUCUGUAAACCAUGGACUUCCAGCAGGUGCACUGCAAGCUGAAUUACAAAUUCAAGGGUCAUUGCACCUGCUUGUCCUCUAAAUAGGGAAAACCCCUCAGGCCCAUCCUUUGCACAAGUUUAAAAAAAUGGUCGCUGUGCAAGUCUUGCGCAACUGCCUUCCUUUCCGUGAGGUUUGAAUGAGGCUUAAUGAGGCUUGUUUAGAAGAAACAUCAUUCCUUAAACACAUUUUAAAUCACGCAUGUGUCCCUCUUCACCCUCUGGUGCCCUUUGGGGCUGUUGGGAGUCUUUAGUCCAAAAAAUAUGGGGGGCACAAGGUUGGCAAAGACUGCUGUAGUCUGCCUUACACUUCUUUGACAUGGAGGCAUGCUAAUCAUACAUUUUGCUUAGCAACACCAGUGUAACCCAGAACAACUUCCUUUUCUCCAGUGGUUCCUUUGCAAUAGAUACUCCACCAUUGAUAGCACAAAUGUUUUGUGUACAAAAAUGCCUUCCCCCUUGCAUUUUGAUGGACUGUUUUACCAUUUACCUUCUUUCUGGUAAGAAUGGUCCACAAAACAAUUAAAUAAUCUAAUUGGACAGUACUUAAAAAAUAAAAACAACAACCCAAACUUCAAUUUCACCAUGGAGAUUCAAGUUCCAUAAUGAUAUCUGUACAUGAAUCAGGCACCCAAAGACUUUGGGCUUGGAAGCGUUUGCAGGUGAUGUAGAGCCAAAUAUUCAAAUGUUUGUGUCCACAACAUACUUUUACUUCUAUCUAGUUUUGGGAUUCAUUGCUAUGCUAAUCAUCCUGUGAGUAGUACCAGACCUCAGCUGUGGCCUGCCUACAGUGUUCAGGGCAAUAUAUAGGGAAGGUGGGAAACACAGUGUUUACAUCUGUAGCUAAUCUACUACAGCAAUAUUCUUCAGAUAGAGUGUUUCAUAAACAGGAAAGAGCAGUUCUGAUAUGACUCAUUGCUUACAGGAAUGAAGGAGCACUGUUCAACAGAUGAGGCACAAUUAAACCAAAGUUCAUCAAUUGGUGCCAUAGCUUUCCCACUGAAAUUAAAGUACAUGCUCCACUUUCCUACUAAAAGCCACAGAGACCUAGGCACUCCUUACUUUUAAGUGAGUCAUGCCCCAUUUAUUGACCAUCCAUGGGUCAUAGCUUGAGUAAAAAAAAAAUUGUCUGUGCUGGGUGCUUCCUUUAAUCAUCACUGUACAGAAAGCAAUUGCAGAUAAUCUUUUUGCAAAAGAUGUCAUGUUACCUAUUCUUGGAGGCAAAGGAUGUCUCAUUUAAGUAUCCCAAUUAAGUACCUAAUUCCUAUUAGUAAUGGUUUUGAAAUGGAGAAGAUCCGAUGAAAGCUUGGCUUGUCUCUUGCACAGCCACCUCCAAUAAACUGUCAUCUUUUAUACAAACUCCAGUGUUAGGUCCUACAGUGCCAACUUCUCACUUUGAUGCCAAAAGUGGAUUAAAGCAGUUGGGUCCAAUUAUAUAGACUUCAGCUGCAAGGAUGUGCUUACUUCCAUUCAGCACAUGGUGGAUUGUUUCCUCCACACUUCUUGAGCUUCUUACCUGUGUGCCACAGCCAUUUUGAAAACAGUGCACAGUUUUGGAAAUACUAUUUUGGAAAUACUUGAUUAUUUGUUAGAAUUUAGAUGGGGAUUUUUUUUUUAACAAGAAAAAUCUCAAGUCACAGAAUUCAUGACAACUUAUGUAUUUUAUACACAAAUUCUUCCUGUUUUGUGUAUGACCAUUUUACUGUGGAAAGUACCUGUAAUCGAGGGUUUUUCAUAAAGUUGGAUGUAAAAUGUUAUCAUAGCUUCGGUGCUGAAAAUUUGUGGGCAUGAUCCAGACACCGCACAAGCCCAGAGCAUAUUCUGAUAGAGGUAGCAUCCAGAGGACUCAUGGACCUUGCACUGCAGGAUCCGAGCUAGCACUAGGCAGGUGAGCAACUUGGCCUCUUGUACUGUACAGAACAACAGUCCAGUAAGUCCUUGACUCCCAUGGGAGGCUGAGAAGUAUUUGCUCUGUCUUGGAGCACUUAACGCAUGCCUCAGAAGAUGCAGGCCCUGCUCAGCUGCAUCCUUCCUCUAUCUAGACCUUCAGAUAGUUUGAAAUGGGAUAACAUCUCAGAAGGUCUUCAGGAUGCAUGGAUGGGGUACAGAGGUCCUUGCUGAGCUGGCCAUUCUUUGAGCAGUGAUGAGGAUGCUCUGCCCAUUCACUGUGGCUGAAUUCAGGAUUGGGGCAGGUGCAUCCAGUUUCUCUUACGUAGCUUCCAAAGUACUCGGGCACUUGGGUAAAGCCUUUAAAAUAAGAAAAUGUUUAAUGUAUGCCACCAGUUUUUCCAGGUUCGCUUACGUUUAUUAAAUUCUUAUCUUACAGUCUGUUUAUCAUCCACGUUAACAGAUGCACAAGCAGUUCUCUGCAAACCUUUCUGACAGCCAACCUGACGCUGGCUGCUUUCAGCAAGCUUGUGCCUCUCAACAUGUUUUCAGAUCCUCCUCAAAGAGCAAAUUGGUGAUAGAACUGCUGCUACACCAGUGAAUCAAGGGCUCUCUCAUUCACUUCUUUAGUGGUGAAAGGUGUAUGUGUGUUUUGCACACUUUGAGCAGUCCCCAACACAGAAGCAGAUGAACUUAGCCUCAGCUUCCACACAAGUUCAUGUGCAUGGUGAAACGGUCUGGAUUGGGGCUGAUGCAGGCACAUCCUUUGUCCAAACUAAACAUAACCCCAGUACAUGGCAGGCAUAAUGUAGUGUAUAAUCUCAGUGUAGUGGGGCAGAGCUUGUGAACCAUGGGGUGGCUGUUGAGGCUUGCUGGUCACAAAUAUUCGCUCUGAGCUUGUGGCAUGCAUUGCCCUUGCUGCGUUACAUUUGCAUGUGGUCUUGGGUGGCUUGGCAAGAUGGCAGUCACAUCUGUAAAAUGCUACAGGCCAAAUGGUGGUGAUCAGUGCCAUUCACUGUUCAAUUCUCAGUUACAUACCAGUUGGUUUUCCCACUCAUUCUGACCAUCUGCCUUCAAACUGGAGGAUAGGAGGGUGAUUAGAGAGCCCAGGUAACUACUGUUAAAAACAAAGGGUGCACUACCAGUUUAUACCAGGAGAUUAUUUGGCUCUGGAUAACCUGCAAAAAGACAUUAGGUUUUGACAUUAAUAUUAGGCAAUUGACUUCAGUAAGCUGCCCAGCUAAUAGUUUUGUUUCCCAUGUUUGUUUUUUACCAUUUAAAAAAAGUAUUCUUCCACCUGAGACCAGGCUCAUUCAUAGUCAAGUCUGUGAGUGUUCUUGCCAGCUCUCCCUAUAAUAUGUAAAACACUGUUAUGCACAUAAAUGCAGCACUGUGAUCUAAUUUAAAUAACCUUAUUAUACUAAAUAUUUAAUAUACUUUUAACAUUUUGCUAUAGUGAUAAUCUUCUGCCAACAUCCAAUGUCUCUUUGCUUUCUAUUGUAGGGAAUAAAAAGAUGCUCUUAACAACACCCAGUUUACUUUUCCUUUGCAGAACGCAUAAAUCCAUUUAUCGUUUUUGGUGUAGGCUUUGUAUUAACUGGAUGUAGAAGAAACAUUUAGUCUAUGUGGUUCGUAUGAACUUUUCUCAUCGCAUCUGUUCAUACCCCGUCCCUUUGAUUGUAGUAAUCAGCCGCAAACCAGGAAGGGAAGCAUUUUGGUAGGAAUACGCUCAACCUUUUUGAUGCUCUUAUUUUUUUCCAGGGAUGAAAGUUCAGAAUCAGUGGGUUGAUUUUACAAUGUUAACUACGUCCACGCAAUCCUAUUAACUCAGCAAGCAGCCACUUGCCUUGCUGACUAGAAACCAAAACCAAAAGUGAGUAAACAUUAGCACAUGCAACGAUAAACCAUGGUUUAAUGCUUCCAUGAGCCUGAGAGAAGCGACAGCCUUACACACUCCCCUCUCUUCCUUGUUAAUAGAUAAGUGGAGGAACAUGGUUUAGAACAUUGGUUAAUGGCCAAACAAGUCAACUUUAAACUGUGAGUUAGGAAGCUGGCUUGUUUAACUAACCGUUGUUUGUUGUACAGCACAAUCCCCCAUUUUGAACAUCAUGCUAAAUCAAGCUUCUUGAAAAGCUAAUUUAAACUUGGAAGAAAUUCUCCUCUUGGCUAUGCAGGAGGAGGGGUUUGUGGAAGUUUGUCCACCUCGCACCAAACCAUAGAUUUUUACAUAUGUGAACCAGGCAUCUGUCUGUGAUGCUGUGCUUCAUUGGUCUAUGUUUAAAACCACAAAAGUGGUUUAAUACGGACUUCCUUAUAGAUGCACAUGCUAUCAAGUUGCACUGCAUUUUAUUUCUAGUGAGUACAGGGGAGAGACUUGACAAAUUAGAAUUAGUAGUUCUAGGAACUCCACUUAAGACCUUGGCUUCAACAGAGUGGGUACAAGAGAACCAGGGCUUUGGACAUGUAGGCUUUUUAAGAAAGUUGGAAUCACAUCCAUCAACUUUUUUCUUGGAAGGAAGGAAGCUCCCCACAAACAGCCAACUGAAAGGAUUUCAGCUUUUUUUUUAAAAAAAGGGGGGUGUGACACACAAGUGCUGCCCAGGCUAUUGAAUUGGGGAGGAGAAUGAUGUAUUUGCACACAUGAUUUCAUGUAGCGCUCAGGAUCUGCAUGCAGAAGUUGGAUUAGGGUGUCAUUGAAAUGACCGUGAGAACUCUCUGCCCUUUUACUGAAUUCAGACUUCUGAUAUGACUGGUAUGUUUUGUAUGAUGUGACUUUGCUGACUGUGGCUUGAAAGCUGAUAAUUUUCUUUCUCUGGUUCCAGUUCAGAGUGAGAACUUAGUGCUUUUUGAAAAAAGUUUAUUGAUAAGUUUUUCCUCUCCAGCCCUUCCCUAAUGCACCCAGUAUUUUGGGGAAACAAUUGUUUUUGCUUUACCUGUUUCGCGUCUGCAUUAUACACACUCACUACUUCAGUUUGCCUUGGUGUCAAAUGUUGGAAGGGAUGGGGAUAGGGAAUGAUUUCUGAGUGUAUGAAAAGCAUUAUGAACUUGUACAUUUUUAUACUCUUCUGUAAUAUUUUUGAAAUAUUUCUUUUGUUCUGCAGGAAAAAAAAGUGAUGAAGCAAUCAAAAGACCAAUAAGUACAAUAUCAAUGCUUUAGGGUCAUGAGACCUUCAUUGGCCAAUAGAUUAAUUUAGUACAGCAAUAAGCCAUUUUUCCCUCUCUUUUUUUGUUUCUGUUUUUUAAUUCCUCUUUUGUUUUUGUUUUUAAUGCUGUACUAGGUAAAUGGAACUGCCAGUUUCAUUGACAUAAAAUGAGAACUGUGAUGGGGGGCAUAAACAGUGAUGUUAAGUUGUAUUUGUGUUUACCUAAAUGAGCAGUCGAAAGGCAAGUGCAAUCAGCCAGAAAUACAAGGAAAAAAACGUUGAUCUAGAGGCAUACUUGCAUUUUAUGUUUCUUGAUGUGUAAUCAUAUUGCCAAAGACAAACUCUUUCAUCAGUUAUUAUUGUAAAUAACACUUUCCCAAAACCUACCAUAAAGUUUCUGUGAUGUAUUGUCUUCCAGUUGCAAUAAAAAUUACUGAGUUGCAUCAAUUGAAUAAUUGCA